AAAUCAAAUAGUUUUUAUAACAGCGGCGACUGAGACGUGCGUCGCGCUUUUGUCGUGACUGCUGUGCUUUCGCAGUUCUCGCCUAUUUUACGAAUUCCAAUAGUUUGUCGUGUUUUCUUUUUUAUUUAUGCAAACUAGCUUUCUUUGUAUGGACAUCAAAACAAAGGCGCUACAAGUUAAAACGAAAUAAAAGACAGAAGUGUUGUGUUUUCGUUCGGUGUAUCAUUAAAAUAGAUUGCGUUGUUUUCACCCGAGGAGAAAUUCUUAACAGCUGUUUGGGCGUAUUAUGCUUCAUAUUUUGCCCGCUACGGUGAAGUUCCUCUACGGCUAUGGAGCUGCAGUCGACUACGAGUCAACUGGAUUGAUACACAAGCGAACGCCGCAGAAAAGUCCAGUCCGACAUUAACGUGACGCUGAAAAUUAACAGAUUUUCUUCAGCACAGCGAGGAAGAAUAGCUGUACAAAUAAAUUGAUAAACAAAUAUUGCGUAUAUCUUGGGUAAUCCGCUGUUUUCGUGUCCGAUAGCAGCCGAUUGUGGAUUUAGUUGGAUCGGCAGCCGCGGUGGUGCAGAGUCGUUUUAGUAGUGCUGUGCCGAUAACGACUAAUGUUUAGAAACAUUUUGACCGUUAACAAAGUGUGUAUUGAAACGUGUAUGUGUGCUACAUUGUGUAGUGAAGUUUUAUAGUGUUAGAAAUGCGUGCGGAGGAGAUAUGGUGCAGCCUGGCCGCGCUGGGUUGGUUGACCGCGCUGGUGGGGUGCCACGACCCUGGCAGUGAGCUGGGGUCGGUGAGGUACGGCCCGGCCGAGGACCGGAUAGACACCGUGACGAACGCUUUGAUCAAUUUGAUGUAUGACGACGAACAUGGCGAGGUGUAUUCCGAGAUCUCAGAGACCGGCAAGUAUGGCGAAGGCUACGUCGGCAUCUCACGCGGCAUCGCGGUGCACGUCCGCGCUAGCGGCCCGGGGGGUGAGAGAGACCAUACCGGGUGUACCUGGCCGCUACUAUCAGCUGUGGCACCCAAUGAAUCCCUCCCAAAGGAACCCUGGAUUGCCCUCAUCAGGAGAGGGAAUUGCAAUUUUGAAGUUAAGGUGCAACACGCGUGGCGCGCGAACGCGUCGGCCGUUCUCAUCUACAACGACCGAGACAGCCCGCAGCUGGAGAAGAUGAAGCUGUCCACGGAUAAUGGACGUAACAUCAGCGCAGUGUUCUUAUACAAGUGGAAGGGCCGGGAGAUAGCGCGUCUCGUGGAAAACGGCACGCGGGUGCUGGUGGGGAUCGCCCCGGGCCGCAAGUACACCAGCGUGGGGAACAACAUCAACAAGACGUCCGUUCUGUUCGUGUCAAUCUCGUUCAUCGUGCUGAUGGUGAUCUCCCUGGCUUGGUUGGUGUUCUACUACAUCCAGCGCUUCAGAUACAUUCACGCCAAAGACCGCCUGUCGAAGCGGCUCUGCUGUGCAGCCAAGAAGGCGCUUUCCAAAAUACCUGUAAAGAGUUUAAAGACUGAUGAUAGAGAGGUCCAAGGUGACGGUGAAUGCUGUGCUAUUUGUAUAGAGCCCUACAAAGUAUCAGAAACACUUAGAUCACUUCCUUGUAGACACGACUUCCACAAGAACUGCAUCGACCCGUGGCUGUUGGAGCACCGCACGUGUCCCAUGUGCAAAAUGGACAUACUGCAGUACUAUGGCUAUGUGUACACCGGCAGCCAAGAAAGCAUGCUGCAGAUCGAGGUGGAGGAAGCUCGGAGCCGCACGCUCACCCCCAGCCGCCACCGGCAGCCGCUCACGCUGGUAAUUCUGACGAGCGACAACUCGUACUCGGAGGCGGCGAGCGAGCGCAGCAGCCGCGCGUCCUCGCCCGACGAGCUGGUGCCCGCGCUGCGCCGCGACCCGCGCUCCUACAGCUCGUCAACACCCUCGUCUUCAGGCAGCCCCCGGGCCGAGUGCUCGCGCCAGGAGCCGCCGCCGCCUUCCGCCGACGCCCAGCAGGUCUGAGGCUGCCGCCGCCCCGCCGUGACAAACCUUACAGUCACACACCAUGUCGCGACCUUCCUACGGUAAACACUGGCCACGUUCAAAUUCAGUUAAGAAUUUAGAACAAAUCGUUGAAAUUCAAUUAUGGAUUUAGAACAAAUUGUUCAAAUUCAAAAGUAAUUUGAACUCCGAACAGUGCCGAGUGAAGUGAAAACGUUAUGUGCAGACAGUGAUGUGUUCAUAAUAAAAUUAAAAAAAAAAAUACUCAAAAAAAAAAAGAAACUAAAGUGGUUCGAACUUCCAGUGAGUGAGGUGAAUGACUCGUGAUAUUUUUCUAUUUUUAAGGACAGAAUAGUUUUAUACGAAGAGCAAAUACACAAUCCGCUACUCCGCCUAGUCAACGAAAUAAUGUUCUGUUCCUUUGUUAGGACAUUGAUAUUUGCGACCGGCUAACAUGUCUAGUUCAUUUGCUGACUUGUUUUUAUUAAAAAUGCCAAACGAAUCUAUGAAAUGGCUGAUAAUUCGAUCUAUUUUGGUCCGUACAAACAUCCGUUGAUAUUUACUGAUGACCAAUAUGUAAUAUACAUAUGUAUGUCCAUAUAUUUACUAGAUGACCAAUUAAAGAUGCUGUGCACAGAUACCACGGAGUUUGUUGGCUAUGAGCGCUAGCAAUUGUAGUAAAUAAUUAAAGUAUAUUGACUUCCAUAUUGUAAGGGUAACUGCAGGUUUAAAAAAAUUGAAUGAAUUUUAUAUAAUUUAUUUACUAUGGUAGCUAGCGACAGUUGUAUACACUCAUGGUAACUGUACUGACACUACUACAGAUAAAAUGAUAAAAAUAAGGUAAUAGUAUGAUACGUAGAGAAGAAAUUGCCAGAGAAAUGUUUUUAUUGAAGCUAAUGCAAUCUUUUGGAACAGAAAAGAUCGUGAUUACUUUGGUCUUUGUUCGUUUAAAUCUACGUAACUCGAUGAAAUGAAUGUUGUAUAGAAUGUAAGGCCCAUGGAUUUGUAAAAGAAAUACGAGAUAAAUUAAGUAUACUUUGAUCAAUAAUAAAGUUUCACAGAUCAAUUCGCGCUAUGCAACAUUUAGGUGACAAUAAAAUAUUGACAAGUUUUGUUAUUCAAAAUGUAAUUAUUCAGUAUUUGGUUAAAAUAAAAUUUAUUUUUGGGUUUCAAAUAGUUAUUUUCAAAAUAAUAAGUUUAUUUUGAUACAUAAGUUAAUUGGUCAGUGAAAUUAAAACCGCGUUGUUACAGACGGUGUAGCUCAAACUUCAACCCACUUUACAAUUCGAGCCACUGUACUUAAUAAUUGGUUCAUGAUCUCAUUUCUAUGCUUAAAUACGGGCAAAAAAGUAAUAAAACAGUAACUAGAUUUUAUAAUUCUGUCCUUAAUGAAGUUUUUUUUAAUAUUCAAAAUUUAAGGGCAAUCACCUUUUUGGUGUAUGAUUGUAUAUAUAAUCAAAGUGGGAUGAAAUAGUUGUAUAUACGUGGUUAACCGAAGUUGUUAAAUGUUUUUCCAUGAUUAAGGUAACAUAAAUGAUAUCUUCCAUUCAUGUACAUUAUGAACUUUAUUUAUAAAGAUGCAGAUUUUUUGUAUAUAAAAUUGAUUAUUUUCACUAUUAAUUUUGAUAGUUUGAUAAAUAUAAUUUUGUAUAUCGGGAACAUGCUACAUUUUGUAACAGGACAAUAUUUGAGGAUCCGUUUUUUUGCCACUAGCUAACCAUCGUAUCGCUUUUCAUUUGUAUUUAACAGUCAGUUGAAUUCUUCUCAAACUUAAUUUUAUGAAGAGUAGUGGAAGGCGCUGGGACUUAUGAUUGUGACUCUAAUAAAAUAGUUUUAAAAUCUAGUCUGAAUUGGCCGCUUUAAAUCCAAUUAAAAGUAUAAUAAUAAUUUAGGUAGAAUUUCUUUUAAUUGCUUUUAAACGCGGCUUUGUCCAUUCAAACUUUAUUUUUAAGUAACAAUAUUAUUUAGUAUGUUAAGUGAGCAUUUAAGUUAUUACUUACAGUACACCUAAGUCCGACCGGAUUUUAUAUUAACAAGGAGACUGGUAUGUACUUUAUAAUUACAGAUAAUAAAGAUAUUUACAUUCCCUUGCGAAACGUUCUGUAUCGUGGUUCGUGUGUACAACAAGUGUUGAAAUAAAAACCAAAACAGUAUUUAAA